GCAAGAAGUCCCAAUCAGAACCAAAUAGGUCAAUUUUAUGGUUCCAGGAAUGAAUAAAGUCAAUAGGGACAAUCCCUCAAUUGCCAAGAACAGCCUCCGAAUCAUAGAGGUCUAUCUUGACAUACUUGAGGGGUGAGCACUUGCUUCUGCAAUACAGAAUCCUGGCCAAACAAGAAUGCAGCGCCUUCUGUGACAAGUGCAGCCAACAAACCAUGAUCCAGCUCUAAUAAUUGGAAGACACAAAAUUGCUUUACAAAAGGCAGAGAAGAGACCAGUGAACAUAAUACACAGAAAAGCAAUGCCAUACUGGAGACUGAACAUGCAUGAAAUGGAGUAUAGCUAUUAAAAGUUUAAUCCUUAUAUUCCAUUUCAUGGGAAGCAGCAUAUGUCUUGAUAGAGAGAUUCAGAUACAUGAUUAUCAUCAGGGAAAAUCUCUUUCUGUAGAAGGAACUAGAUGACGGUGGCCAUUGUGACUGACUCAUUCUUGAUGACGGCUGAAAUUCUAUAUUUCAGUUAUGAAUUUUUCACCUAGUGAUUUGUAACUGCUCCUUAUUAAAAAUGGAAAAUCAAGAUGGUGUGCAAGGAAGCAUCAUGGGGAGGAGAUAACCAAAGUGACCAAGAAUUCAUCUUACUGGGAGUGGCUGACCGCCCCCAGUUGGAAAUGCUCCUCUUUACAAUUAUCUUGGUCUGUUACAUGAUGUCUCUUCUGGGCAAUACAGCUAUCAUUGUGGUGUCAUAUACUGACCCCCGCCUACACACUCCCAUGUAUUUCUUCCUCAGCAACCUCUCCUUCCUUGACCUCUGUUACACCACCAGCCUUGGCCCCCACAUGCUGCUGAACUUCUGGAGAAGAAGCAAGACCAUCACCUACAAUGGCUGUGCAGCUGAGUUGUACAUUUCUCUUGCCUUGGGCUCUACAGAGUGUAUUCUUCUGGCUGUCAUGGCUUAUGACCGCUAUGCUGCAGUCUGUCAUCCGUUGCAUUACACUGCCAUCAUGAGCCACUCUGUAUGUUUCAAAAUGGCUGCCUUCUCCUGGGUGAGUGGCUUCAGCAACUCACUUGUGCAAACAGUGCUGACUCUUAGACUCCCACGGUGUGGACGGAACCAGAUAGACCAUUUUUUCUGUGAGGUGCCAGCCUUAAUUAAACUGGCUUGUGUUGACACUACAGUCAAUGAAACCGCACUCUUUCUUGCCACUGUGUUGUUUCUUCUUGUGCCCCUGGGCCUAAUCAUAGUCUCUUACAUCUAUAUUGCAAUUGCUGUGUUAAGAAUCAGUUCAACUGCAGGCAGGCGUAAAGCCUUCAACACUUGUGCCUCCCACUUGAUUGUGGUGUCACUUUUCUAUGGCACAGCCAUUUCCAGUUAUAGUCAUCCCAGUUCCAAAAACUCCCGUGAUCAAGGCAAGAUGAUGGCUCUCUUCUAUACAUUUAUAACUACCAUGCUGAAUCCACUCAUUUAUACUUUGAGGAACAAAGAAGUACACAGAGCUCUAGGAAGAGCAGUGAAGAGGAACUAAGUCCAAUGGGUUCCCAGUUUUAGUCAGAGGGUCAGUC